UCUCUCUCACUCUUUGUUUUUCUGGAUAAGAUCAUAUUGUUGACCCAACUCAAGAUUGCCAGAUCAGACCAGGAAAGAAAUGAUUUUUGUAAUUCCUAUGAUGAAUAUUUUAGUAUUUUGCGUGUCUAUAUGUAAUAUGAUUUGCUACAGUAAUAUAUAAUCUCUCUUUCGGGAGAGAAAGUGAGAAAGUAUCGCUCUCUUCAUCAAUUGAUUGAAUGAAUUAAUGAAUGAAUGGUGAGAAACUUGAAUCUCUUCGCUUUCACUGUUCUAUACUAUCUGCGCCACACAAAUUUGAAAGCGAUCUUAGUCUUGAAUCUCUGGUUCAUAAAUGGUGGCUCAAAACCACUGAAAAGGAUAUAGUUUGUCGAUAGAAGUCCUUGCUGGUGAGUUUUUGUUCUUUUUCUUUCAUAUUUUUGGUGUUCAAUAACUCCUAAACCGAAGAAUCAUAGAUUAAGAUCUGGGUUUUUGAUAAAUCUUCAAAUAUAAACGAUGGGUUUUCUUUCUCUCGAUCUGAUUUUCAAUUUCUGACUGUGUUCUUCAUUGAUUUUCCUUUAGUAUUUUUUCUAUAUGGAGAAUUCUGGUGAUAUAGAUUCAAGUCUUCAAAUCAUUAGACACCCAUCAUCUUACAAACCCACCAACAGAUCUUCAUGGUUCGAUUUGAGAGUUUUCUAUAUCAGAAUCAGCAAUGUUUUCAUUAACGAUUCAACUCCAGACAGUCUUACUGUUAACCAUAUUCCUCUAAGUCCUGAAACCCAUCUGGAAGUGAAUGGUGUGAGAUGUGGAAUGCAUUCAGAAGGAAUCUCAUCUCAAUUAAGAAGAGAUAGAGUGGAUAAGAAAUCUGAAGAGGCUACAUUUGUUAGCACUGAUAGUAUAAGGCUGAAUGGUAGUGUGAAAUUUGAGAUUUUUUAUAAGGAAGAGAUUGUUCUUUUCGGUGUUUUAGAGAUGAUUUCAAGUAACAAUGGUUAUAAUAGUGCCAAAAGAUGGAGUAUGGAUUGUGAACCUGUAAUGACAGUUGGAGGGAGUGGGAAACAAGAGUUGUUAGUGCCAACUAUGGAGGUUUAUAUUACUGGUUCUUUCUCGGGUUCACCGGUUAUACUUACUAAAACAGUUCAUCUUAAUGUUCGGAAGAAGAACAAUAGGAGGAAAGCCUUGUUAGAUUCCAUUCCUGAGUAUGAAGAUGAUAAACACAUUCAUGAAUCUAGACAUGAUCAUCUACAGGCUGGAGAAUAUGGAGGCUAUAAAUCGGAAUGCGGAGAAGAAGAAGGAGAAGAAUACAAUAGUCUAUACUGGGGAAGAACAGAUUACAUGGAAGGUGAAGAUGGCGAGCUUACAUGGUUCAAUGCGGGGGUUAGAGUUGGAGUUGGUAUAGGCCUUGGGAUAUGCCUUGGACUUGGUGUAGGAGUUGGUUUACUUGUGCGCACUUAUCAAUCUACUACUGGAAACUUGAAAAGGAGAUUUGGUUGAUGUUUUUUUUGUUAAGUUGGUCUUUUUUCUUUAUAUAUGUAUCCUCAAUCCCGGUUCUUAUUGGCAUAAAUUUCCUUGAGGUGCAACUGCCUUUAAUGGUUAGUGUGAGUUAUUGAAUGAAUCAUUUUUUUAUAUGUUUUAGAUAAUCUUUCUUUUGUUGUUGGCUAUGUAUUUAUAAUAAGAAAAUGAGAGAUAGAUAGAUGUUGCAUUAAUGGAACUUCAUUUUGUGUGAUUUAGUGAUGUUUUGUAUAUGUAUAAUAUCAACUAGCAAUAAACAAAAAUAUAUAUAGCCUCAGCCUCACAACUUUUAAC